AUGGGACUCGAAAAGUUUAAUCCUUUCAAGAAGGAUUGCCAGAACUUCCCUGGUGUCGUAAUUCCUCUAUCGGAUGCUCCCGUCUACCCGAAUGGAGUCCCGCCUAUGGACGAGAAGGAUGAUAGCUCGGAUGCUAACAAGUCCUUGGAUCGUGCUCCCUCAACGGAGAAUGGAUCUGCUGGUUCCUUGCCGGAUACCAGUUCUCAUUUGACGAUUGAGAUCAUUCGAGCAGAAGUUGAUGCGGAAAUAGCAUCUUCUGGUCUGAACUCAAUCUAUGAUCGCAAGGCCAUGGUGAUCAACCGUGCUCUGCAGGAUAUUGGCAUGGGUCGCUACCAAUGGCAAUUAUUCUUCCUGUGUGGCUUUGGAUGGAUGGCAGACAAUCUCUGGCUUCAGGGAGUUGCCUUAACUUUGACACCUAUCGCAUAUGAAUUCGAUAUCAGUACAUCAUGGGUCCGUUUCAGCACAUGCGCUCUAUUCCUGGGUCUGUGUAUCGGUGCUUCAUUCUGGGGUAUCAUUUCCGAUAUUGUUGGCCGCCGUCUGGCAUUCAACACAACUCUUUUCUUGGCUGGUGCAUUUGGUCUAGCUGCAGGUGGUGCACCUUCCUGGAUCGGUGUUUCCGCUCUAUACUCAUGUCUCGGUCUCGGAGUUGGAGGUAAUCUACCAGUCGACGGUGCUCUGUUUCUGGAAUUUCUUCCCUGCGUCUCCGGAAACAUAUUGACCAUGUUGAGUAUCUGGUGGCCCAUUGGCCAACUCAUUUCCAGCUUGCUCGCCUGGGCUUUCAUCCCAACCUACAGCUGUCCCAGCGCCGAGGGUUGCACUAGGGAAAAGAACAUGGGCUGGCGCUACCUGGUCCUAACCCUUGGUGCUAUCACCAUGUGCAUGUGGAUUGCCCGUUUCUUCUUCUUCCACUUAUAUGAGUCCCCCAAAUUCUUGCUCUCUCGCGGACGCCAGGAGGAAGCUGUUGCUUCUGUUCACGGUAUCGCAUACCAGAACAAGGCCAAGACCUGGUUGACUACCGAGAUCCUCAACGAGAUUGGUGGUGUUUCCGAGACCAAGGAGACUGAGAAAUUACCCGUCACUGAGAUCAUCAAGCGUUUCUUCUCCAAGUUCUCCAUGGAACGUAUCGCUCCUCUCUUCGCAAACAAGCGUCUAGGCUUAACAACCGUUCUCCUUUGGUUCUGUUGGACUACCAUCGGAAUGGGAUACCCUCUCUUCAACGCCUUCCUACCCCAAUACCUUUCCCAAAGCGGUGGCUCCACUAACUCCACAUACACUACCUACCGGAACUACGCCAUCUCCUCCAUCGUCGGUGUUCCCGGCUCAAUUCUCGCUUGUUAUACUGUCGAACUGAAGUACGUUGGUCGUAAGGGAACGAUGGCUAUCGCAACUGUCAUCACUGGCGUCUUACUCUUCUGCUUCACUGCCUCGUCUACCUCGAAUGUCCAGCUCGCAUGUACAUGUCUUGAAGCUUUCUUCCAGAAUAUCAUGUACGGCGUUCUCUACGCUUAUACACCUGAAGUGUUCCCUGCACCCAACCGUGGUACUGGUUCUGGUAUCUCAAGUUGCUUGAACCGUAUUGCUGGUCUUUGUGCACCACUUGUUGCUAUCUUUGCUUCUAGUUCCAACGCCAAUGCCCCUAUCUAUGCAUCUGGUGCUUUGAUGCUUGCUGCUUUUGUGGCUAUGAUUCUCCUUCCUAUUGAGACUCGUGGAAGACAGACUCUCUAA